AUGACUACUACUGCCGGUUCUUCCCAAUUCUCGAAUCUUGAGGACAUUUCUCUUGAUCCGCAUUAUGCCCUCAAAGAGGCUUUUGCUGUUGAUACCAAUUCCGACAAGGUAAUCCUUGGCUCGGGCAUAUACCGAGAUGGAAACUCAAAACCAUGGGUGCUGCCUUCAAUCGAAGCAACCUCCGCUCGUUAUGAGUACCUCCCCAUCUCUGGAUAUGAGGCAUUCAUUAAGAAAGCUCGAGACUUGCUAUUUGGCUCUGUUGGUCCUAGGGCAGAUUAUUUUGCAUCCCUGCAAACAAUAUCGGGGACAGGAGCUAACUCUCUUGGGGCACGAUUUUUAUCCAACUCCUUAAAGCCAUCGGCCGUGUGGUUAUCCAACCCGAGCUGGGUAAACCACGCCAAUAUAUGGGGUCUUGCAGGUGUCAAUGUCAAAUACUACCCCUACUGGGAUGCUGAAAGACAGGCAUUGGACUUCGAAAGUUUGGUCCAAAAGCUGGAGACAGAAGCCGUUCCAGGAGAUGUGAUCGUAUUGCAUACUUGUGCUCAUAAUCCGACUGGAGUUGACCCGACUAAAGAGCAAUGGACAAGGAUCGCAGACAUCUGCGAAAACCUUGGUUUGUUUCCGUUCUUUGACAGUGCAUACCAAGGGUUUGCUAGCGGAGAUCUUGACGAGGAUGCUUGGGCAUUACGGCAUUUUGUGUCCCGGGGAACCUUAGAGCUAGCGGCAGCCCAGUCAUUCUCAAAGAACAUGGGCCUUUACGGCGAGCGUGUUGGUGCCUUGCACCUCCUGGCAAGAUCCCCCGAAGCAGCUGCGAAGGCUAAGGGAAAUCUUUCUCGCCUUCAGCGAGGGCAAAUCUCACAGCCACCCAGACGAGGUGCACAUCUGGCUACAGCUAUUUUGGCUGAUCAAGUUUUGUUCCAGAAAUGGCUCAACGACCUGCACGAAAUGAGCUCACGAAUCAGAAGUAUGCGGCAAGCGCUGUAUGAAGAAUUAGUUUCUUUGGGAACACCUGGAAAAUGGGAACACAUAGUAUCACAGAUCGGAAUGUUUUCUUAUACCGGCCUGACCCCUCCACAGGUGGGAGCUAUCCAAUCAGAGAGUCAUGUCUAUAUCCUGAAGUCUGGAAGAAUAUCGGUGGCUGGCAUUAAUUUAGCAAACGUCAAGCAUGUAGCAAGUGGGAUAGAUAAAGCAGUUAGAAAAUACCCCGCAUGA